AUUUUAUAAUAAUUCGCAUAUCACCAUCUCAGCCUCGAUUUCUACCCCCUGCUCCCUUCAGAUUUGAAUCAUGAAGUCUCCUCAUUCCUUCCUCUCUCUCUCUCUCUCUCUCUCUCUCUCUCUCUAUGCUCCUAUAUUAGCUUCCAUCUUCUCAGAGCCUUCAAAACCUCCCUCCUUUGAAAGCUGAAACCUCUUCAACUUUUUGAUUUGAUGCAGCUGAAAUUUAUCGUCCAAAAUCUGUUUUUGCUUAAUUUGUUACACUAAUCCGUUUUUUUUUUUUUUUUUUUUUUUUUUUUUUUUACAAAAAUCCCCUUUGAAAGCUGCAAGCUUUUUUAGAUGAACAUGGCGGCACAGAAGCACUUACACGAGCUGCUAAAAGAAGACCAGGAGCCGUUUCUGCUCAAGAACUACAUUGCCGAUAAACGCUGCCAGCUGAAAAGUGUUUCCACCAAGAGCCAACAAAACUUACAGGUCAAAAAACGCAGACCCAUCUCCCAAGUUUCAAACUUUCCCGGCAAUCUCUGCAAAAACGCCUGCUUUUUCUCCCUCCAAGACUCGCCGGACCUCAGGAAAUCCCCGCUCUUUGACUUCUCGUCGCCAGCGGCCAAAAGCCCAUGUAAAAGCCCCAACGCCAUCUUCCUCCAAAUUCCGAACAGAACUGCCGCCCUGCUCGUGGAAGCCGCGAUGAGGAUUCAGAAGCAGUCGGCGAAUUCUAAACCAAAAACCCAGAACAAAAAUCACGGGUUCGGGCUAUUCGGGUCGUUUUUGAAGAGGUUAACGAAUCGGAAUUUGACCCGAAAGCGGGAAGUCCACGGCGAGGGUGGGGUUCAGGUCUCGGUGAAUGACAUUCUCCGGUGGGAUUCGUCAGUCGGGAGGAGAAAGAUUUCUUCCGAUCAGGUGGAGGAAAAGGUUGAGUCUUGUUUGGAAGUUGAGGACAAAAGUGCUUCUCUGAUAAGCACUAGGAGGCCCAGCAGUGCGGUGUGGUCCGAAACCAAUGAAGCCACUUCAAGCAGCUGCAGCCAGUCUGAGGAGGACACAGCCGAUACAGAUUAUGCUUGUAAUUGUGAAAAGCUUAUUGCUUUUUGCGAAAGCCCUUUCCGUUUCGUCCUCCAACCAACCCCCCCUCCGUCCGGCAGCCGGACGCCGGAGUUCACGUCGCCGGUGACGUCCCCUAGUCGCCACAAACAAGAGGAGGAGGGGUUGAAGAAGUCCCAAGCAGAAGUGGAGGAGGCGGAAGAGAAGGAACAAUGCAGUCCUGUUUCUGUAUUGGACCCUCCGUUCCAAGACGACGACGAGGCACGUGACCGUGACGGUGAGGACGAUGACGACGAAGACGGUUGUGAUUUGGAGUGCAGCUAUGCCAAUGUACAGAGAACAAAGCAUCACCUUCUGCAGAAGCUUCGUAGAUUUGAGCAAUUGGCGGGGUUAGAUCCAAUUGAACUCGAGAAAAGAAUGCUAGAAGAAGAUGAUGAUGAUGAUGAAUGCGAAGAAGAUGAGUCUGAUACAUCAGAUAGCAGCAGUGAAGAAACUCUUGAUGGGCUUCUCAGAGAAGUACUUUCCAAAUUAAACUUUCCUUGUAACAAAAGAAUCCCGAAGAUGUGCAGAUAUUGGCCAUGGAUCUCAUUGUCGAGGAGCAGAGAGAAGAUGAUUCGUCCGACAGAAGAGAAGAGGUGGUGAGACAGGUCUGCAAGAGAUUCGAGUCCUGGAAAGAGGUGGAGUCGAACACCAUUGACAUGAUGGUGGAACAAGAUUUUCGAAAGGAGCUCGACGAGUGGAAGAAAAGUCAAGAUCAAGUGGGAGAGACUGCAAUGGAGAUUGAACUUGCCAUCUUUAGCCUGCUGGUGGAGGAAAUGGCAAUUGAACUAGUUUGAUUAACUCGAAAAUUAAUCAACCGGGAAAGGCUUGAUGUUAAGGGGACUAUUCCAAAGAGUUUUGGCAUAAAGUUUUAAAUUUUUGUUUCCAAAUCAAAAUAUGAUCACUUGGAGAUAGUCUGACAUGCACUGUGAAGCAGGAAAUAGGCAUAAGAUGGUAGCAUGCCAGAGGAAGUAAUUAGAGGGACUUGGGGUUAGGUGGGUGACAUGUAUAUGGAUCAUGUAUGUAGUUGAGGGGCACCGGUGUAUCUACGUAUCCGUACGUAUUUAGACAUGGCAUGUACAAUUCUUGGCCCUUUUAAAUACCCAUAUUAUUUCCUAAA